CGCGCACGCCACCGCGCCAUCCGGAAGCAGGCCACGCUUUCCUCAAAAGCCUCUCCUACCCGCGCGCGGCCAAGGCACAGGCGUCUGCCUCCUCCUCGCCUCUUUCCAAGGCUCGCGUGCCUUGCACGCCUCGCCUCACCUCGUCCCGCGCUGUCCCCGUCGCCGGUUCGUCUUCCCCGUCCCCAUCCACUCCUCCGUCAGUCCACGUCCGCUUGCCGCAACACUCGUUCGAUUUGGAUUUUAGACCCCCUAAAAUACUACCAGUUGCACAAGUGUAGAGCUUAACCAAGCCCGGUCACCCGAGGAGCACAAGGCCACCGCCAUCCAGUCCUACGAGGCGUUCCGCUCUCGAGAUUUCCAGCGGGUCGCGUGGUGUUGGCGUAAAUGGCGGCGGAGGCGACUAGUCACUGCAGCCGCAGCCGCUACUGAGUCCUCCGGGGAAGAAGAGGGAUUCGCCACUCGGGGGCAUUGAGAUAUUGGACUUGCAUGAGUUGAUUAACAAGCCCAUUCCCUGCUUCCUGAUGGAGACAUCAUCUUGCUUGCGCUACCAAUUUUGUGGUUUCGGUUCACCCAUGAUAUGGCUAUGCCUUUUUCUAGUACUUGUUCUUCAGAACAGCAGCCCAGCACUUACAGCUUCACCAUAUUUGGUUGGUAUGGGGAGCUAUGACAUAACAGGGCCUGCAGCAGAUGUUAACAUGAUGGGAUAUGCAAAUACCGAGCAGAUUGCAUCAGGAAUUCACUUCAGGCUAAAGGCUCGUGCGUUUAUUGUUGCUGAGCCUAAUGGGAAGCGUGUUGUGUUUGUGAAUCUUGAUGCUUGCAUGGCAUCGCAGCUGGUGACUAUAAAGGUGCUUGAAAGGCUGAAAGCAAGGUAUGGUGAUCUUUAUAAUGAAAACAAUGUGGCUAUCAGUGGAAUCCAUACUCAUGCUGGGCCUGGUGGUUAUCUGCAGUAUGUAGUUUAUAUUGUCACAUCUCUUGGGUUUGUUCACCAAUCAUUUAAUGUAAUUGUCAACGGCAUCGAGCAAUGCAUUGUUGACGCGCACAACAACCUCCGUCCUGGGAAAAUCUAUGUGAACAAAGGUGACCUCCUCGAUGCUGGUGUGAAUCGCAGCCCAAGUGCAUACCUAAAUAACCCCGCUGAGGAGAGAAGCAAGUAUCAGUACAAUGUUGAUAAAGAAAUGACCCUUAUCAAGUUUGUAGAUGAUGAACUGGGUCCAGUUGGGAGUUUCAAUUGGUUUGCAACUCAUGGAACAUCAAUGAGUCGUACAAAUUCUUUGAUAAGUGGUGAUAACAAAGGAGCAGCUGCACGUUUCAUGGAAGAUUGGGCAGAACAAAAUGGCAUUCCAAAGCAGGCGGCUCAUGUAAAUUCUGAUGAUUUGGAAUCUUUGCACAAGAUAUCUGGACUUCCGCGAAGAGUCUCUUCAAUAAUUCCUGAACCAAAUGAGAUAACUGAUGACUUAGUACAAUUAGCAUCAUCCUAUGAGGCCUCAGGUGGCAGGCGACUAUCAGGUUCAAGUAUCACCAGGCGCAUUAGAAGCUCUCAGCAAAACAGACCCAAAUUUGUUUCUGCAUUCUGCCAAUCAAAUUGUGGAGAUGUUAGUCCGAAUGUCCUGGGAACAUUUUGUAUAGACACCGGUCUUCCUUGUGACUUCAAUCACAGUACAUGUAAUGGGAAGAAUGAACUAUGCUAUGGACGAGGCCCAGGAUAUCCUGAUGAAUUUGAAAGUACCCGUAUCAUUGGCAAUAGGCAAUUUCUCAAGGCAGUAGAUCUUUUUAAUUCAGCUUCUGAAGAAAUACAAGGCAAAGUUGACUAUCGGCAUACUUACCUAGAUUUCUCGCAACUCGAAGUGAAUGUUCCUACAAGUUCAGGAGGUCAGCAGGUGGUGAAAACAUGUCCAGCAGCCAUGGGAUUUGCCUUCGCUGCUGGAACAACCGAUGGUCCUGGAGCUUUUGAUUUUAAGCAAGGAGAUGUCAAGGGAAACCCUUUCUGGACGUUAGUAAGAAACUUACUUAAGACACCAGGGAAGGAGCAAGUUGAAUGUCAAGCUCCAAAACCAAUAUUACUAGACACUGGCGAAAUGACGGAACCAUAUGAUUGGGCACCUGCGAUACUUCCAAUUCAGAUCAUAAGAAUUGGCCAGCUGGUUAUAUUGUGUGUCCCUGGAGAAUUCACAACAAUGUCUGGCAGGAGGCUACGUGAUGCUGUCAAAAAUGUACUUACAAGUGACAACAGUGGUGAAUUUAAUAAUAAUAUUCAUGUUGUUCUCGCUGGGCUAACAAACACCUAUUCUCAGUAUAUUACAACUUUUGAAGAAUACCAGAUCCAAAGAUACGAGGGAGCAUCAACGUUGUAUGGCCCCCACACGUUGAGUGCAUAUAUUCAAGAGUUUCAGAAACUUGCUACAGCCAUGAUUGCAAAUAAAGAGGUCCCAACAAAUUUCCAACCUCCUGAUCUAUUGGACAAGCAAAUUGGACUGCUCCCAGGUGUUAUGUUUGACUCGACACCUCCUGGUGUGAAUUUUGGAGAUGUCAGUUCAGAUGUUCCUGCAAAGUCAACCUUCAGGAAGGGCAGUAUUGUGAAUGCUACAUUCUAUUCAGCAUGUCCAAGGAAUGAUCUUCUUACUGACGGUACAUUUGCACUCGUUGAGAAACUAGAUGGUAGCGACAAUUGGGUUCCUGUUUAUGAUGACGAUGACUGGUCAUUGCAAUUCAAGUGGUCGAGGCCUGCAAAAUUUAGUCCAAGAAGUUUUGCGACACUGGAGUGGACGAUUCCUGAAGAUGCCGCAUUGGGUGUUUAUAGAUUGAGGCAUUUUGGCGCCUCCAAGCCGUUAUUUGGGUCUAUCAAACAUUUUACAGGGACCUCUCGUGCAUUCGCGGUGCGUUAGACAGCGCGCCAUUGCCUUUGAUGGUACACCUAUCGGAAUUUAUACCAGUCGCAUUUUUAGAUUGCAUACUUGCUACAGUAUCUACAUGUUUGCCCUUUGUUUCUUGCAUUUAUUUGACGGUAAUAACAGUGUCCGAUCAUAUGAAACUUCUGUCCCUGUGUUUCUGUUCUAAUGGAAAUACUCUGUAGCUUGUACAUAAAGAUAUAUGUUUUUUUAAUGGAAAGCUUUAAUAA